UCUCUCUCUCUCUCUGUCUUUCUCUCUUUGUCUUGGCAUCCAUCCGCAUUUCUUCGUUUUCUUAAUAAUAAUAAUAAUAAUAAUAAUAAUAAUAUUAUUAUUGUUAUGAUGUUCAAACCCAGCGUUAAUUUUUUAUUUGUUAUUCCCUAAAUAGAAUCAAAACCGAAAAUAGCCAGUUAUAUUGCUUUAAUAUCUCAUCUAUUUCAUGGUCUCGUUUUCUUUCCUUUUCCCAAUGCCCCAUUCUGCUUUCCUUUUUUUUGUCUUCUCUCUUCCGUUCCGUUUUCUUUUUUCCUUUUUGUUAGGUUUUCAAGCUUUCACGAUCUUCCUUUUGAUCUCUCGGAGAAACUUAACUGCAUUGCUCAUCGUACUUGAACAGAAUCAAUGAGAUGAAGUUAGUACUUAGUAGUGGUUUGCAGUGUGGGAUGAUACACCCAUUGCAAAUGUUGUUUACAAUUUUUGAAAUGCUUUCUCUUUUCUUUUUCCUUUUUAAUUUGCUGGAGCUCUAGGAUCUAACGAGAGAGCGUUCUCAAGGAGGUUGUGAGAGGAUCGCGUAUUCAAAAGCCCUUUAUAUGUGCCACGAAGGAAGGUAAGAACUUGUGGUGCCGUGCUUUUUAGUCUUGUAGUGUGGUAGGCCCAAUUUCGUGAGUGGUAUUUCUUCUCAAAGGAUAUGGGAUCUCUGUCAGAUAUAGGGCUCGCUGCAGGAAUAAAUAUUCUUUCUGCACUUGGUUUCCUCCUGGCAUUUGCUAUAUUACGGCUUCAACCAAUUAAUGAUAGGGUAUAUUUUCCCAAGUGGUAUCUCAAGGGAAUAAGAAACAGCCCACGACACUCAGGAAAUGUAGUGAGCAAAUUUGUGAACCUGGAUUUCAGAACAUAUAUAAGAUUUCUGAAUUGGAUGCCAACUGCACUGAAAAUGCCAGAACCUGAGUUGAUUGAUCAUGCUGGACUUGAUUCUGCUGUAUAUAUCCGAAUCUAUCUACUUGGCAGGUUAAAGAUUUUUGUCCCUCUAACUGUGCUUGGCUUCUGUGUCUUGGUUCCUGUAAACUGGACCAGUAAAACGUUGGAGAAUGCUCAAGAAGUUACUUUUAGCGAAAUUGACAAGCUCUCGAUAUCAAAUAUUGGACAAGAUACUCAAAGGUUUUGGGCUCAUGUGGUCAUGGCAUAUGUAUUUGCAUUUUGGACAUACUUUGUAUUAUAUAAAGAAUAUAAGCUCAUAGCAUCAAUGAGAUUGCAUUUUCUUGCCUCUGAAAAACGUCGACCAGAUCAGUUCACUGUUCUUGUGAGAAAUGUUCCACCAGAUCCCGACGAAUCAGUUAGUGAGCAUGUUGAGCACUUCUUUUCUGUAAAUCAUCAAGAUCACUAUCUUACCCACCAGGUCGUUUAUAAUGCAAAUAAACUUGCAAGUAUAGUUGAAAAAAAAAAAGGCUUGCAAAAUUGGCUUGUAUACUAUGAGAAUAAACAUACUAGAAAUCCUGCUAGAAGGCCUACUAUGAAGACAGGAUUUUGGGGUCUUUGGGGGAAAACAUUGGAUGCUAUAGACUACCAUACUGCUGAGAUUGAGAAGCUGUCUAAAGAGGAAGAUGCAGAAAGAGAAAGGGUAAUUUCCAAUCCAAAAUCUAUUAUGCCAGCAGCAUUUGUCUCCUUUAAAAGCCGAUGGGGUGCAGCUGUCUGUGCUCAAACUCAGCAAUCAAGCAAUCCAACGCUAUGGCUAACGGAGUGGGCUCCUGAGCCUCGUGAUGUUUAUUGGUCUAAUCUAGCAAUCCCUUAUGUUGAGCUUACUAUUCGGAGGUCUCUUAUGGCUGUUGCCCUAUUCUUCCUGACAUUUUUCUUUAUCAUACCAAUUGCAUUUGUCCAGUCCUUAGCAAACCUUGAGGGUAUCGAGAAGGUUGUUCCUUUCUUAAGGCCUGUUAUAGAAGUGCAGGUUGUUAAGUCGUUGAUACAGGGUUUUUUACCAGGGAUUGCUUUGAAAGUCUUCCUUAUUCUUCUCCCAACAAUUCUUAUGACAAUGUCCAAGAUAGAAGGUUUCACAGCAUUGUCAGCAUUGGAGAGAAGGUCAGCAUCCAAGUACUAUCUCUUUCUCUUUGUCAAUGUUUUUCUUGGGAGUUUAAUCACUGGAACGGCAUUUGAACAACUUAACAGUUUCCUCCAUGAGUCUGCUAACAAAAUUCCAGAAAUUGUUGGUCGGUCGAUUCCUAUGAAAGCAACAUUUUUUAUCAGCUACAUAAUGGUUGACGGCUGGGCUGGUAUUGCUGCGGAGAUUAUUAGAUUGAAGCCGCUGGUCAUAUUUCAUCUAAAGAACACUUUUUUAGUUAAGACUGAGCAAGAUCGGGAACAAGCUAUGGACCCUGGAUGUUUGGAGUUUGCCUCGUCAGAACCUCGGAUACAACUAUAUUUUUUGCUUGGACUUGUGUAUGCUGUUGUCACGCCAAUACUGCUUCCUUUCAUAAUUGUGUUCUUCAGUUUUUCAUUUCUUGUUUUCAGGCAUCAGAUUAUAAAUGUCUACAACCAACAAUACGAGAGUGGGGCAUCAUUCUGGCCAGAUGUUCAUGGACGGUUGAUAGUCGCCAUGAUAGUAUCGCAGCUGUUGCUUAUGGGCUUGAUGAGCACACAACGUGCGCCUCAGUCAACUUUGCUUCUUGGUCUUCCCGUUAUCACCAUAUGUUUCCACAGCUUUUGCAAGGGUCGAUUUGAACCAGCAUUCGUGAAGCUCCCCUUGCAGGAUGCAAUGGUGAAGGACACAUUAGAGCGAGCAACUGAGCCAAACUUAAAUUUGAGAGACUACCUCAAAUAUGCGUACAUUCACCCCGUUUUUCAUAGUGACGAUAUCGAGCAUCCACUGGCUAUUGAGGAGGAAGAGAGAAACCCACUUGUUGCCACCAAACGAAACAGAAGUACUCCUGGGGAUAGCAAAUAUGCUUCCGAAACUAGUUCUGAUAUCAAUUUCUAGCAGUGGGAAGCAUUUCUUGCCUUUUGUAGGUAGUUUUCAUUGAAACAAUUCAUUUUGCUGUGCAAAUCAGUACCUUUGUAAAGGUAAUCAAGAAAUCUGAAAGAAAUCAUAACAGGAAAUAUGGAAAAAGAAGACGAAAAUUCAAAAAAAAAAAAAAGAAGAAGAAAAGAAGAGAGAUCAGGUGAUGUCAGUUGUAUUAUUGAACAUGUAUCGUAUUUUUAUGCACUCUUUCAGUACUGUUUUCAAAUAUAAAUUACUAAUACUAGAUGUUUUGACCACCUUGGAUACAUAAA